AAAGUGCAAGGUUCAAAUUGAAGUUGGUCUAUGCCAUCUCGAACUACAUCUCCACACGCUUUAGGGCGGAAUCGAACUAGACCACCAACUUGACACAACCGAAUCCAGAGCCAUGUCCUCCUCGCUCCUCCCUCUACUUCUGACAGCGAUAGCGCCAUUAGUGGCCCGGGCGGCGGAUACCAGUUCGUCGUCGGCAGUGCCCACUUAUAACUAUAUUGACACCAUAUCGGGCUACGAUGAGCUGUCGACGUGCGCAGAGAAUGUGCUGUCAACUAUUGUGCGUGCACAAUAUAGCGGCUGCGGAGACCAUGGUGCCUUGACUAGCUACACCUGCUUCUGUACGGACAGCUCUUCUCUCUUCAGCUACGAGAUCACGUCGGCCAUCUCCGAGUCUUGCGCUACAUCCAUCUGGUCAGCGCAAGCCACGAGCGCGAUCCAAAUCUUCAAUUCAUACUGUGAUCUAGGGGUGGAGGCUGGAUUGGUUCCAGCUACAGCUAUAGCCGCUACAGCGAGCGCUACAGCAUCCGCAACACCUGCUGCAACGGCCUCGACAGCCGCUUCUGCGACAGCAUCUGCGACGACUUCCACGGCCUCAUCCGCUGUUAACCACCGCGAUCGCAGCAGGCGUGGCAGUCCCUGUAGGCGUCAUAGGGCUCUCGCUCAUUGGCUGCUUGCUCUGGCGUCGGAUUCAGAACAAACGGCGGGGGGCUAGAGAGGACAAGCAACGGCGGCUCGAGUCAGUGCCUCAGGAGACACUCGCCGACCGGUUUGGGCCCUGGGGAUAUCAGCAGCAGGGACAAAGCUUCUCGCAAGAUCCAGCUGAAUUGCCCAAUCAACACCUAGCAAAGCAGAGUGCUGGAUAUCCACAAGAACUACCCGGUCAAAUGCCGCCGACAGCGGAGCUGGAUGGGAGUCCAAAGACGACAUUCUAGCUUAUGAAGAGUACAAAAAAGUUGACAAAGAGUACUAAAG